AUGAAUGAAAAGGUCCUCGCUGCCAGUAGCAGCAGCAACACAUCCAGUCACACCAGCUCGUACGAUUCUCCAGCAGCGCUAAAAUCAUCAAAAAAGCAGAAACUUCCAUACGACUGGAAAGAAAAGCUUCACGAACCAGAUUUUGACAUCGAUCGUUCAAAUGCCGGCAGAUCAAUGACUGCGUAUUAUAAUCUUGUCUGCUGUGUAUGUGGUACUGGCAUGUUGUCACUCUCCUCGGUGCUGGCAUCUGGAGGAUGGGGUGCUUUAGCACUGCUCAUACUAUGCUGGUGGAUGACAAUGUACGCUUCUUGUAUCUUGAUUCGAUGUCUUUAUUACGGUGGAGAAAAACGGCUAGAAUCGGUCAACAAAGUAGCAGAAGCAGCAUUUGGUCGCUGGGGAAACUAUGUGUCGUUUUUUUUCAACGCAUGGCUCCUCCUAGGAACUCCUACGCUCUACAUUGUGCUCUGUGGUCAAAACCUCAACGAUCUUUGCCAAGGAACGGUCGCAGAAAUCGGUCAAAUACCAUGGUCAAUUGUCUUUGCUGCCACGAUUACCAUAUUUUUCGUGUUCAUGAAAACCAUGGAUAGUCUGAGCUGGACCUCCUGCGUUGGUGUUAUUGCCACAUUUGCUACAACGCUUAUCAUUGUCAUUGAAGCCGCCCGAGAUCCAGAACACCCGGUGGAUACCGUGGUCCGUGAGAACAUCGUCUGGGAUGGUUGGCCUAGCGCCGUCGCGGUCAUCGCAUUUAGUUUGGGUGGCAACGUCAUCUACCCUAAUUGUGAGGCUGCCAUGAGACGACCUGAACGCUGGCCGAUGAUUGCCAUUUCAGGCUUGUCAACCUGUGCUCUUACGUAUAUUAUGAUUUCUGUCCCUGGCUACUUCGUAUAUGGUGAAGCUGCAGAGAACCCCAUUUACAAUAACAUCCCGCACGGCGUUGGACGUAUCAUGGCCAUCGUGCUUGUUACUUGCAACAUUAUGGUCUCUAUUCCUAUUUUUGCUGGCUCCUUUGCCUUGGACUGUGAAAACAUAAUGGGAAUAACAGUCGAGCGCUUGGGCAAAAGAAAGGAGUUCAUCUAUCGUGCAAUUUGGCGCAUUUUCAUCAUGGUAUUCUGCACAGUGAUCGCUUGUACUGUUCCUCAUUUCUCACCUUUAAUGUCAUUGUUUGGUGCAUUUGGUUACAGUACCACCAUUUUUAUUAUUCCCGUGCUCUGCUACUAUAAACUCACUGGUCUAAGAAACAAGCCAUUCUACGAACUUAUCGGCGGUUUUCUUACAAUAUUGAUGGGCCUUGUAGGCCUAAUCUUUGGCACCUGGGAUGCUAUAGAGAGUUUGAUUGUUGCUUUCAGAGGAGAAGCAUAA